GAACCAAUGACAAUUUCCCAAUGGUUUUGUUUUGUUUGAAAGGUAAUUUUGUAUUGUUUAUUUUGUGAAUUUUACUAAUCUAAACAACUGAUUGUCAAUUAUUUCUUAUAAAUUUAAUUUUAUUCAUUGAUUGCUUAAAGCAACUUAAUGGUGUGAUUAUCAGAUUUUUUUACUGCUCUUCCGUUCGCAAUCAAGUUCUUGAAACAGGAAAUUUCACAAUGGGUUCUAGAAACUCAAACUAUUGGAUGAGCUUUUUUUUAGAUGCCAAUCUUCCUCAAUCUGUAGCUACCAGAUAUGCUGUAACUUUCACUGAUCAUCGCAUUCAAGAAAACAUGCUUGGAGAUUUGACUAAAGAUAUGCUCUAUGACAUGGGAAUUAAGACAAUGGGUGACGUUAUUGCCAUCUUAAAGCAUGCUAAAGAAGUUAACGAAGAGAAAAUUCAACUUCAAUUGUUGGGCAAAUCUAACUUGGCCGUGAGCACGAGUAAACCCAAAAUGCAGGUAGCCUCGAUUAGCAAGGAGCCAAUCUCAGGUCCAAGUGUUUCUUCAUCCACAUCUGGUUCAACCAUUAAAAUAGCUAAACGAACUGCUGUUGACGAUGAUUCUAUAGGACCAAUGAAAGUCAGAAGAGUAAUUAAUUCAGUGGCAAAUAGUAGCAGAACAACAAAUACAAAUACAAGAACAUCAUCGAAUAAUCCGAUUGAAACCAAAGUUACUUUUAACUCUAUCAAAACUGGAUCAAGCACUUCAAUGAGAUUAGGUAAUACACAUCAAGACUCAGUAACAAGGAAAGUUUCAGUUUUUAAUAGGUUAGGUGAUAACGAGCCUACAUUAAAUAAAUUAAAAGUCUCUGUACGAGAACCAAAAGUAACAAGGACCAUUACAGGUUUAAAAGAAAAAACUCCUGCAGUGGCUAAAUAUUCUCAACCUACCAGUGUCAAAGAUCGUCUAGGAGUUAAUCUUGUGUCCAGAGGAAGUAAUUCUAAUCGUAAAAUCACCAAUUUAAGCAUAAAACCUAAACAAUCAUCACCUCAGCAAUCAAGAACAAAAAUUUCUCUCAAGAAAAGUAUCUUUGAUAGACUGGGUACCAAAUCUUUUUGACAUUGCAUUUUUUGGGUAAAAGAUAAAACCAUGACCAUCUUCAUCUGAUUUCACUUUGAUGUAAUAUUCUUUCACGUAUUAGAAUUAAUAAAUCCUUUUGCCAAAAAUAA